AUGUCUGACGGCGACCUUAAAACUGUAUUUAAUUCCUUCUGUGCUUUUGGUGCGGGAAGCAAGGACGCUCAGGCUACGAUGGACAACGCGAAAUUUGGCAAGCUUUUUCGUGAUCUAAAACUGUACGACAAGAAAUUCACAAGCACUGACACGGACAUCAUCUUUAACAGGCCUGAAGUCAAGAGGUAUUAAAGAGAUUCUGGUCUUUCCCUUUAUAUUUUAGUGGAUAUUGUUUUAAUUUAAUGUACAGCAGAUGUUUCCGUUUCUCACGGUUGCAGCAAAACUGAAAGAAAGAUAAAUUUUAGUCAGUUCAAAAAAGCCUUAGAAUUGUGUGCAGAGAAAAAGUAUGGGAGCAAAGACGAUGUCGGAAAGCUCAUCGAGAAAAUUUGUGCUGGUAAAGGUCCCGCCACAAGUGGAGCAACGGUGAGUUGUUUAAAUGUGACCUACUGGGUCUUUUGUAUGUGUAAAGUUUAUGUUUGUGACUGUAUGUGCAUGUAAUUAAUUGUCUGAUGUUGUCAUGCAUCUUGUCACGACAAAUGCAUGGAAUUGAAAACAAAAAAAUUGCCAUCAACUGUGUUACGGCUGAAAAAAAAAGCUCCCUUAAUUCAAACUAUUCUACUUGGCACGUUAGGGUAGGGUAUUCAAAAUUAUAAGAAUAUUCUAGCUGUAUAUUAAUUAUACAUGUAAAUUGCACUUUCUAAUUAACCCAAAUUCCUGGGUAGCUUAUAUACUCUCAGUUUUUACGCAUGGGUAGGUAAAAAUUUACUUUUUUAAUAUGACUUAGUAAAUUGCAAAGAUUGAAAGAUUCAGUAUAGCUUUCCAAGUUCUACAUAAUUAUUUGAGAUAAACAUUGAAACUAUAAAUAACAUAAAGUAUCAUCUGUUCUUUGUUUACUUUCUUUAUGUCAGUAAUUACAAAUUGCAAAUAGGGCCCCACAAUUCUGUUAAAAUUUAAAGGGCCAUUUUAAAAGGGUUUUGAAUUCAUGUAUGCUUUGUUAUUGCUGAAAAUCACCAAGACUUUAUUUUAAUUAGCUUAUGUACCCAAGAGGGGGAGGGGGGUGGGUAUUCCAGAUUUCAAGUGACACGGGUGACCAAAGGAUUUUUUUGGGGUAGGAAAAUUUUAGAUGGUAUGAUGAAGAAACAAACACCAGCAAUCAAUUUCUAUAUUUUUUGUUGUAUCAUUUAAUGCCUUCUGGAAAUAAUUUUUUAAGGUUCAAAAAUUCGUCAUGGAAUUUUUUUGGUAUUAAUUUUUUGUCCAGGGAUUUUUGUUCAGGUUUUGUUGGAAUCCCUAGGUAUUUGUUUUGGUUUCGAUUUUUGCCCCCAUUUGAUCAUCCCUGUCACCUGAAUUCCAGAGUACCCUCCCCCCGCCCCCCCCCCCCCCCCCCCCCCCCCCCCCCUCUCCGCCUGCGCCCCCGACAAGGUGUCACCUGGCGCCCGCCGCCUACUCAGACCCCGCGCCAAAUCACAAUUUUUUUUUUUGUUAUUUUUAUCUUGGUAAAGUAUAUUUUUUUUAUAUUAAAUAAUAUUUUAUAGUUUUUUUUUUUUUUUUUUUUUUUUUUCACGUGUUUUUUUUUUGUUUUUUGUUAAAUUCCUUUUUUUUUUUUUUUUGUUUCUUUUUUCCCCCCUUUUUACCCCCCCCUCCCAAACGAAAACCAACCCCCCCCCCCCCCCCCCCCCCCCCCCCCCGGACAUGUACUUGUAAGGAGGAGACUGGGUUUGAGUUUGUUGAAUGAUCACACACUCAUAUGGAAGCCAGGAAACUUUACUGUGGAUAACAAGCCAAUCAUGGAAGCAUGAUUGGGUGGGAAACAGGAUUCACACUUUCUCUGGUAUAAAAGGUACUGUAUUAAAAAUCAUUUUAUUUAUUAAACCAUGACAGAAAGCUGUCAAGGCUGGUGGAGUAGAUCGCCUGACUGAUACUUCGAAAUAUACUGGUUCUCACAAGGAACGUUUUGAUGAGAGUGGAAAAGGCAAAGGCAUCGAAGGGCGUGUUGACCGUGAUGACAAAGCUGCUGAAGGUUAUGUAGGAGGAUACAAGGGAAAGGACACUUACGAUAAAACACACUAACUUAUUAUUAACAUGCCUAAUACUGGGGGACUAUUGAGUAUGUACUAUGCAAAAGGGAAGUAGAAGCUGAUAGGAUUGUCCAAUCAGGGCUGUCACUAAGGGCCAAGAGCGGGCAAUUUUCUCUGGCUACCUUGAACAUGGCUGCUGGCUACUCUCACAUUUAUUAAUGAGUUUUCUUGGUGUUCAAUUCCUACCUACUACAGGGGCGUAGCUUGAGGAGGGGGGGGGGGGUCCUGGGGUGCCCCUGACCCCCCCUUGGUAGGCCUUCUUUUGAGCAAACAACCUACAAUAUUCAGCUGGCGAAAACGCCAUGACAAUAUCUUGGCCGUAAAAGCCAUUGUUGAAAAGCCCGCUUUUUUAAAGUUUGUUUUUUUGUAAAGUAUUUUCGUCAACGGCUCAUUGUCUUUAGUUAAUAUGGGCCUUCACGCCAUGAUAAUACGACUGAGCCCGCUGAUACACGAGGGAGAGCAGCGGUAUAAACCAUUAUAGUCGGCGAUCCCUGGAUGGUGAUCUGGUGAGUAGCCUCUGUGACCUCCCCUUUGAAAAAUCCUGGCUACGCCCCUGUACUAAUAUUAUUGCUUAUGCCAGGCAACUUGAAAUCUAAGUGACAGCCCUGAUCAAAAUUCUAAUGGAGACCAAACUCAACAAACUCUUGGCUUUAUUUAAUAACUGAAAACAAUGUAAUUACACCUAAAAGAUAUGAUGCAGUGUCCUCUGUGUAACAGUAGAGUAUAUGUGCGCAAUUUACUGCAGAAGUCAAAUAGUUUGUUAGCAUUUAGCUUAACUUCACUGUGCACUAAAGUUCUUCUUUACCAGGGCUGUCAUACAUUCCUUCCUCUAGCCUAUGUGUAGCUGCACCCUCCCCCCGACAAAAGAAAAAUGGAGGGAGGGGUUGGAGGGUGUGACUACACAUUCAGCUGUAGGCUAUCGGUCAUGCUGGGAAGGCAAUGCAUGGCAGUUCUAGAACACAUCUGGCAGCAGUAACACAAUCCGGAAAUAUACUUUACAGGGUUGAAAUACGAUUGUUUUCAAACACUCAUAAACCAUUCCUGCAUUGUGCUCCGGAGAGCACACUUAAUAAAACAAGAUUAAGGUUUGGGUGGACAAAUCCAUACAAAUAACUCACUGUGUUUUGUCACUGCAAGCCUCGAGUUUGUGCCUUUAGUUCACAUGAAUGUGGGGACAGUCUAUUUAAUACAUGUGGGUACAUCUUUCAAAGAGACCACACUGUAGUUGUGGGCAUACUCAGCUGCUUUCCUUCCUUUUACAUAUUAAACCUACCUACCCCCUCCCCCAGGUUGAGAGCACUCAGAGUGUAAACACAAGGCCAACUGAAGAUGAAUUUUCAACAUUUGUCUAUAAAACAGUGUGGCAAAGUUUAGUAU